UGCCAGGGGGAAAUUGUGUGAUUUCUCGUGCAAAAUGUGUGGAAGGAUGCAUUCCCAACUGUUUACUCGGUUAAAUCAAGGACUGAAUCCAUUUUUAACAAUCGUCAGAAAUGCAUCAAAGAAAACGGGCGGUAGUUCGAGGAAUCCUCCCAAACAUCCGCGCCCAAAACACCGUGGCUGGAAGGUGCAGGAUGGCCAUCACGUAUCGGCUGGAACGAUCUUAGUAACACAGCGCACAACUCGAUUUCAUCCCGGACUGAAUGUCGGUUUCGGUAAAAAUGGAACGUUGUUUGCAAUGGAGCAUGGCAAAGUGUAUGUUAGCUGUGAAAAGAUUGAUCCAAACUGGGAUCACACGUGGAUACAGCGGUGUUACGCCGGCCGGGAAGGACAAACGAUUUACAAAAAGUUUUUCAACGUAGUACCCGAACCACAACAUCAACGAUUUAAACUGAUCGACGAAGUGUAAAUGAUUGCCCAGAGUAACUAGUAAAACAGCUCGAUCAAUAGUUCGGAUAAAUACAGUCACGUGUCGUGCACAUGCAUGAAUUUCGUUGAAGCGUUUGCAUUCAUUUGGUU